GAGAGCCGACGUGCUUGAGCCGCAGAGUUUCGAGCCUCUUAGCGAAAAAGAGUAUGUGGAGGGCAAUCAGCUGCUAGAGUCCUCCAAAACCCUCUCUAAACACGACCGUGCGACUAUUUACAAGCUGUACAGGAUUUACCAGACCCAGUUGCAAACACCCCGAACCCGCGUGGACGAACACAGCAACUCCCCCGAGCAGCUCGACAAAGAAAAGGAUACCGAGUGGGACAUUGCCGACUGCGUGAACGAUAUCUAUUGGCGGUGGAAGAGAAAGAAGCGCGCUAGUGGCGGCGUCGGCUUCCACGGGCGCCAGGUCACCGCGAUGUGCGUCGACGAGGCCCAG